AUGGACGGCGCAAAGGCGCGGGCGAUCGCCGCGCUGGACGCCCGCAUGUCCGCGCGCGGCGUCGGGGCCUCGACGACGCCCACGACGGACGACCGAGGACGACGGAGGACGAUGGAGACGAAAGAAAUGAUGGCGACGACGAGGCAGCCGACGAACGACGAUGGACGGACGACCGCGGCGACGACGACGACGACGACGGACGCGGACGGCGACGGCGACGGCGACGACGGGAUCUACGCCCCGAGCGCGCGCGCGCGAAGGGCACGGACGGUUGAACGCGCGCGCGCGCGAGCGACGACUCGACGGAGACGCGAAGACGCGGACGACGCGACGAGCGAUGACGCGACGCGCCGACGACGCGUCGUGGAGAAUUACCUCCGACGGGUCUUGCGCACGCGCGCGCGCGGCGACGCGGCGGACGGGGAGGAUCAGGUGCGGAAAAAGCUCGGUCGGGAGCGCGCGUUGACGCUGGAGGACGCGCCGCGCGGGCGGGACGCGGACGCGGAGACGACGCGACGAGAGCGCGUGCGAGAGCGAUUCGCGCGGGCGAUGCGGGCGCGGGCGUCGGGAACGGUGAUGCGGAAACAUGGGAUGUUUGGAUUGAAAAAGUCGCGGUGUUCGUGGAGCGCGUUCGGGACGCUUCGACGGGCGUGGACGCGGUACGCGCGCGGUCUCGUGGAAUCCCGCGACGCGUCCGCCGCGCGACGCGCGCUGACGAAGGAGAUUGAUUUACACGGGUGCGUCGUGAAAGUCACGUCGCACGCUCGACAGCCCGACGCGGUGGGACGCGAGGGCGUCGUCGCGUUCGUCUCCGCCCGCCGCCUCUGGGUGUGCGCGCGCGCCGGGGAUGAUUUUUACAAGGUCUUGAUCGACGGCGCCGCGCUCGAGUACGCCCUCGACGAUCACAUCGUGCGUCUCGCGCCCGAGGACGUCGCUCGACUCGCUCGAGGCGCGGCGCGAUGCCGCGAUGUGUAA